AGGCAGGGAUGCCUGAAAUCAAAGCUCACCUGGUCUACAUAACAAGUUAUAGGUCAGCUGGGGCUACAGGGAGACUGCUUCAAAAAGUUUUACUAUUGUGUGUGGGCCUGCACAUGCCAUGUCAUGUGGGAAAUCAGAGGACUUUUUUUUUCUUUUUGAGACAGUCUUCAUAUAGCCCUAGCCAGCCUCCUGCCUCUGCUGGGACUUAAAGGUGUGUACUACUACGCCCGGUCAGAGGACAACUUUUGAAGGUCAGUUAAUUCCAUAUGGAUUUAGGGGAUCAAACUCAGGUCAUCAGAUAUGCCACACUUUGACCCACUGAGCCACCUCACCAGUUCCUGAGUUAGCCUCAGACUUGCAGCAGUCCUGCCUCAGCUUCCCAAGUGCUGGGCUACUGGGCAUGCACCACCUGCAAUCUCUCUCUCUUUCUCUAAAGUCCUUGGUCCAUCUUUACCCUGCAGUGUUGAUGACAGUCACUUCCCCUACUUCCUCUACACCCCUGGGUUCCGAAGCCACCAGGACCUGUGCAUCCUGCAACCCUUUCUUGCCUCCAGCCUGUGCUGUAGUCAUGUUGGCCUCUUCCAGAUUCAGGAGUCCCUGGGCCCCACAGCCCCAGCCCUCCACUAUCCCUGCCUCUCCCUCUUCCUGUUUGGAUGGUGGCUCAGCCAGGCCCGGAGACAGGGUCGUGAUGUGUUAAUCUUCCUGCUGAGGCUGUAGUGGAUAGGUGCCCACUGAGUCACCCACCUGCCAUAUGUUCAUCCUGGUCCCCAUCCAGCCCACCUAGCCCAUAUGGGGGGUUUCUGAGCCCUACACUUGCUUCUAUGUGGAAGGGCUCCUAGUGCAGGACCCACAAAGCCCCCAACUUCUCCCACCAGCCAGCAGGUGGGAUACUGGUUAGUGCAGGCUCCAGGCUUGGUUCUGCCUGAUGGUGUGGCACUCAUAAAUCAAGGGAUGUCCAGGGUGUUGGAAAUGGAAUGUCUGGGUAGGUGAGCCCUUAACUCUUAGUUAGCAGUCAGAACAUGGGGACAAGCUGGCAGGACCCCAGUGCUUUCCCUUGGCGGUCAGGUUAAUCCCCAGGACAGGGAGGGGAUAAAUUCAGGGGACCAGGCUCUCCACAGUUCCAGGACCUGCUUGUUGCAAUGGAGGCCAGGAGACUCCUGCUCUGCGUUCUGUUGUUGCCCGCGCUGUGGCAAAGCCUGGGUGAGGGCCUUGACCCUCCGGGGGCUCUGGUGGUUGAAAAGGAGUUUUUGGAGCAGACGGCGGAGGCAGGAAGGACCUGGAGGCCACAUCAGGGUUCCUACCAUCCCCAUGUCCGCCUGCGCCGAGCCCCAGCGGGCCCGUGCCAGCUGUGGAGUCUGACCCUGAGGGUGGCUGAGCUGGGCCUGGGCUACACCUCAGAAGAAAAGGUCCUCUUCCGCUACUGUGCUGGCAGCUGUCAUCGCGGGGCCCGCACACAGCAUGGCCUGGCGCUGGCCUGGCUGCAAGGCCAGGGUCGAGCCCACGGCCAGGUUUGCUGCCGACCCACUCGCUACACUGACGUGGCCUUCCUUGAUGAUCGCCACCACUGGCAACGGCUGCCCCAGCUCUCAGCUGCUGCCUGUGGCUGUGGUGGCUGAGACAGGAGUCAGCCCGAUGCCCCAGAAUCAUGAGCGUGGGCAGCAUGGGCCUUGAAAGGCUUGGUGACAUUUAUUGGGAACCUCAUACAGUGAUGAGAGAGGGGAGCCUGGGACUGGGGCAUCAACAAUGAACACAAUAAAAACAUAUUCUCUUGGCCUUGAUGGUAGCCACCAUGCUGUGUGGGCAGGUGUCACUCUGAGUCUCCCUGGCAGGUUACAGCCACAGCAGACAGCCAUUUGAUGAUGCCUGUGUCAUCCCUUCUCCAGUUUUAUUCUCAAGUUCAUUGUCCAGGGAAUGGUCCCAGGGUUCUCAGGCUGGGGGUGGAUGUCCCCGCCUCCCUAGCCCCAUCCCCUCAGGGAUGGAACGGCAGAUCACUGAGAUACGUCGGCCCCGGGGGACCU